UACAAUUUACAAAAUUAUGGUUUAAAAUUUAAAGUAUCUCUCUCUCUCCCCUUUUCUCCUCUCUCAUUCUCGAGGUGAAAACCUCUGCAAACACAUUGCACAAAACACAAACACACAUAUUAAACACAUACAGGAUUUUACUUGGGCAGUUGCCUCAGAAUCAUCGACUGGUUCGUGGGCUCUUUCUUCAUUUUGACUCAGAUCUCUACUUUUCCCAAUCUCGCUUCUAGGUGGUGAAGUUGAAUGCGAUGCAGCCUCAACCACUAAAACUCACCAUCAAAUUGAAGAUCGAUAAAUCUCCCGACAACCCGGGUAAUGUAGAGCAAGAACCCGAUGCCGCAAGUAAUUCUAAUCUGCCGAACAACCAGUCAACGAAUUCUAAAGACAAAGCGGAAUUAAGUUGUACAGAAGCUUUGGAAAAAAAACACAGCACUGAAGAUAACGAACCAAAUGAAAAUUCUGAGUAUCAGUUGGUGGUUUAUGAUCCCAGUGCAAGUGGUACUACUAAUGGCUCUAUUGUGACUAGAGCUUCUCGACAACCUUCAAGAAAUCAGCCAACACGUGUUGUACCUUCUGUGGGGGCCUUCACCGUUCAGUGCUCCAACUGUUUCAAAUGGAGGGUUGUUCCAACAAAGGAGAAGUAUGAAGAAAUAAGAGAGCAUAUUACAGAACAGCCCUUUUUCUGUGAAACGGGCCGGGAAUGGCGGCCCGAGAUUUCAUGUGAUGACCCGCCUGAUAUAAUGCAGGAUGGGAGUAGGCUAUGGGCGAUUGACAAACCUAACAUUGCUCAGCCACCGCCAGGCUGGCAACGACUACUGAGACUCAGAGGAGAAGGAAGCUCCAAGUUUGCAGAUGUGUAUUAUGUUGCACCAUCGGGCAAGAGACUUCGUUCAACGGUUGAAGUUCAAAGGUACCUCAAUGAGCACCCGGAAUACUUAGAAGAUGGUGUUAGCUUGUCUCGGUUUUCCUUCCAAACCCCAAAACCUUUGCGCGAGAGCUAUGUGCGAAAACGUCCUGCUCAAGAUGCGCUUAAUGAUGAUGCUGGUUCUAAAGAGAUUUCACAAGUUCAACCGAUAGCAUGGAUAAGUCCUGAUGUGGACACGGACCUUCAGCUUAGUGGACCCAGGCUUUCGACCGACUAUUCCAAGUCUCGUAAUUCAACCCCUGAAGUCAAAUCAGCAAAGAAGAAAACCCUGAAAAGGUCCCUAUCCAAAGGGAGUUGCAAUGCCAAUUUGGAAAAUAAAUAUAACUGCAGUGAUGUCAAUGUGGGAGAAUCUCAUCAGCUUUGAACUAGUGUUUGUUGUAAUGCUCGAGAACUUUGUAACCGGAAUGUGUGAGUUUGUGAUGGUUUAAAGCUUUUUUCUGCAAUUUUUACACACUCUAAUUAUGUAAUGUAGGUUGUAUAAAUUAUGAAUUUAAGUUUGUUUUGAGUAUAUAUACUGUGACUUUUGAAACCUAGGAUUGCUCAUAUGUGUGUGCCUCUUGUAUUGAGCUUCAUCUUCUUGUUUAAUACUUGCUGCAGAUUAUUAUGUGUUUUAUACUUAGAUUUGCAUUCGCC